GAUGUAUCAGCUAAACGAGGAGUUUGAUUUAUAUGAAAUUUCUGAUAAAAUAUCGUCCCAGAUUUAUUUCAGUACACCGAAAAAUGCAAAAACAACAUAACGUAAUCCGUGUGCGCUCCAUUAUCGCGACAUCGAAAUUUUGAAAUGUCAUUGCUCGCGUUUAAUCGCAAACUCAUCAGCCAGAGCAGCAGCAGUUCGGAACAAUCUUGUAUUUUUGUACGAUCGUUUUGGAAGUGAACUUUAACGCAAUUUGCUAGUGUUUUCUCCUGAAAAAGCCGGAAAUCAACCCCGUAGGACAAUGCCUUCGUUUACAGUGAAAGUUAAAUGGGGCAAGGAGAACUUCCCUAGUGUGGACGUGAACACCGAUGAAGAACCUAUGCUGUUCAAGGCCCAGCUGUACGCUCUGACGGGUGUCCAACCGGAGCGCCAAAAAGUGCUCUGCAAGGGAAUCAGCUUGAAGGACGACGAGUGGAACGUACCGAUUAAGAAUGGAACCACUCUACUCUUACUGGGCACGAAGGAGGAAGUUCCGCAGGAACCCGUCGAAAAACCCAAAUUCAUCGAAGACAUGAACGAAAGUGAAUUGGCCACUGCUCUUGAACUCCCCGCCGGUUUGACUAAUCUGGGCAACACCUGCUACAUGAACGCGACUCUACAGUGUUUGAAAUCGGUCCGGGAAUUGCGCGAUUCGUUGAAGCAAUUCAAGGACGAUUCUUCGGCAUCGUCCGGAUUGGCUGGGCUGGCCUCCCCCGGAGCAAUCACACAGUCCAUGCGUAAUCUGUUCGACGAUAUGGAGAAAAGCGACACUGUCACGCCGGUGCUGUUCCUUCAGCGGUUGCACAUUGCCUUUCCCAAUUUUGCACAAACCGGUGAAAACGGAACGUACCGUCAGCAGGACGCCAACGAAUGCUGGUCCGAGCUGUUGAAGAUGUUACAACAGAAGUUACCCGCUACUAAAGGAGACAAAGAUCAGCUGGUGAAGCAUAACUCCUUCAUUGACCAAUGGUUCGGAGGUUCUUUCGAUGUGGAAAUGAAGUGCACCGAAGCGGAAGAUGAACCAGUUAGUAAAUCGAAGGAAAAUUUCCUUCAACUAAGUUGUUUCAUCUCCACUGAAGUCAAGUACAUGCAUUCGGGUAUUAGAUUGAGGUUGAAAGAACAGCUAACGAAACAGUCGCCUUCUCUGGGCCGGGACGCGGUUUACACCAAAACGUCCCUCAUCAGUCGGCUGCCGGCCUAUCUGACCGUGCAGUUCGUGCGGUUCCAGUACAAGGGCAAGGAAGGCAUCAACGCCAAGGUGCUGAAGGACAUCAAAUUUCCGAUCGACUUCGACGCGUUCGAGCUGUGCACCCCGGAGCUGCAGGCGAAACUGUCGCCGAUGCGCGCCAAGUUCAAGGAAGUCGAGGACGCCGAACUGGAGCGCAAUCUCAAGGGCAAGAACAAGACCAAGGCCCAGCUGGAGAGCGAAAAGCCGAAAACCAUUCCCCAGCCCUACUGCUUCGACGAUGACUUGGGUAGCAACAACAGCGGUUAUUACACCUUGCAAGCGGUGCUGACCCACCAGGGAAGGUCCAGUUCUUCCGGGCAUUACGUGGGAUGGGUUCGUCAGAAGGGUGACCAGUGGAUCAAGUUCGACGACGACUACGUGUCCCCGGUGGAUACGGAAGCGAUCCUGAAGCUGUCUGGCGGCGGUGAUUGGCACUGUGCCUACGUCUUGGUGUACGGUCCCAAAAUUCUGGAGAUCCCGGUUGAUGAGGAAAAGACUGCAACCGAUGCUGCCGGUGGAGAUGCUUCCGCCACGACGGAAACAAGUUCGGGCGAGAAAAUGGCUGUUGAUUAGAUAAGUUUGUUUCCGCAAGUACUAUAUUUGUUAUACAAGAAAAGCAUGAUUUCCCAUCAUUGGCUACGCUGAACUUUUUCUUUUUCUUCUUUUGAGCAUAUUCUAUAGUUUUCAGUGCAGUGCAUCAUAACACAAGAUUAACCGAACAAUACAUUACCACAUGUCCUGUUUUGAAAUAAAAAAGGACCAUCAAUAAUA